CCCUCACAAUCCGCCAGCUCAUCACUCUCUCUUAACUUUAUCUUCCCUACCACCAUCACUUUCUCUCUCCACAAUUUCCCUAGGGUUUUGAUUUCGAACCGACUUCUCUGACUCAACCUCCAAAUUCGUUAAUCACAAUGGCCGAUCCAGGCGACUUGACUCACCCGCCGCCGCCGAGUUUCGACGAUUUCCAGCGCCAGACCUCGCUGAUGACUAGCUGCACUCUCCUCUGGAAGGAGCUCUCCGACCACUUCACCACCCUCGAGCAGGACCUAAUUAAGAAAUCCGACGCGCUCAAGGCCAAGGUGGAGGCCCUAAACCAGGAGACGCAGACCUCUCUCGAGGCGCUCGACUCUCGCGAGUCGUCAAUCUCGAGAUCGCUCUCGAUCGCGUACGAGACGCUCGAGCAGGCCACCAAGAUGUCGAUCUUCUUCUCCGCCGACGAGGACAAGGCGGAGGUCGACGAUUCUGACGGUUUGCUGCUGAAAUUGAGGGGAUUCUGCCGCAGGAUGGCGGCGAAGGAGUUUUGGAUCUUCGUCACGUCGCGGAAGAAGGAGCUCGAGCUGUUCCGAUCGGAGCUGCCGAAAGCCCUCUCCAGCUGCGUCGAUCCGCCGCGGUUCGUGCUCGAGGCGAUCUCGGAGGUUUUUCCGGUGGCGAGCAGCGCUAGCAAUGGCUACGAUUUGGGGUGGGCUUGCGUGCUGCUGCUGGAGACGCUGAUUCCGGUGAUGGUGGAUCCGGUGCUGGGGAAGGAGAGGAUGCUGGUGACGCCGAGCAUCAAGGGGAAGGCGGAGGAGAUAGCGGAGGCGUGGAAGAGGAGCCUGGAGGAGAGGGGUGGAAUUGAGAAUGUGAAGACGCCAGAUGUGCACACCUUUUUGCAGCAUUUGGUGACAUUCGGGAUUGUGAAGGAGGCGGAUGUGGAUUUGUACAGGAAGCUCGUCGUCGCCUCUGCGUGGAGAAAGCAGAUGCCGAAGCUCGCCGUUUCUCUCGGCCUUGGUGAUAAGAUGCCCGAUAUGAUUGAAGAAUUGAUUGGAAGGGGACAACAAGUUGACGCUGUUCACUUUACGUACGAAGUUGGUCUAGCUGACAAAUUCCCCCCUGUCCCGCUGUUGAAGGCUUUUCUGAAAGAUGCAAAAAAGACAGCCACAUCCAUCUUGGAGGACGCCAACAAUUCAGGACGUGCAUCACAUAUGGCAGCCAAGAAAGAGCAAUCGGCCAUUCGUGCUGUUCUCAAGUGCAUCGAAGAAUACAAACUCGAGGCUGAGUUCCCACCGCAAGACCUCAAGAAGCGCCUCGAGCAAUUAGAGAAGGUCAAGAUUGAGAAGAAGAAGCCAGCGAGCCCAGCAGCCAAGAGAACACGUGCCAGCACCGGAGGGCCCAUGCCCCCAGCCAAGGCAGGCCGUUCGACCAAUGCCUACGUGUCAUCUUUUCCGUCUCCUCCCACGUACGUCAGGUCUCCUUCGUCACACACCCAGUAUUCUCCAACUCCAACUGCAGUCCCGGCAUACCCAGCAAGCUUCCCGUACGGAAGCAGAAGCCCCUCGUAUGUAUACUCCCCGGAGGCCCCCCCUCCGGCCAUCGUGGGAUCGUAUCCUGUCUCUCCGGUGAGCUUCCCUGCCUACGGUGGAUACAGCAAUGGGAUGGCACCUGCUUACCAGCAAGCUUACUACUGAUCGACAUGACUGGGGGGUGACUACUGAUAUGAAGAUGACAACAAUCCAAAUCCAAAUCCAAAUCCAAAUCCAAAUGUUUAUUUUGCAAAUGGUCUGUAAUCACUAACCUUUAAUGGUAGCUUUUUAUGGUGUGUUAAUCUUUUAAUUACUGACCUUGACGAAGGGCAGACUGUAUUCAUCUUUCUGAUUGUUGAAAUAGGUGGUUGUGAAAAGUAAUUAAGAAACCAACGGUAACCAGGAACUACUAAUACUAGGAACCAUGUUUCUCCUUGUUUAA